GAGCAUUGAAGUCUGGUAGUUACCAAGCAUUAAAUUCUGGUAACGUUGAAGAAGGAGGAGUAAUCCAGUGCAUCUGGAACACAGAUUCAACAGGCCUAAUUAAACUUUAGGUCCCUGGAGUUUGAAAGAUUGUAGUUCAAUCCUUGCCAGACGUAUUUCUGUUGUUUUUCAGGUUCGAUGGCUAACGGAACACCCCAAGCCGUCAUUCCAAAGCUCACCAAGGACAAUUAUGAUAAUUGGUCCAUCCAAAUACGGGCACUGCUUGGUGCUCAAGAUGUUAUGGAGGUGGUAGAAGAAGGUUACGAUGAACCCACCUCAAAAGAAGUUGAAACAGCUUUAAAGGAAGAACAAAAGACGACGCUCCGUACCGAGAGAAAGAAGGAUUGCAAAGCCAAGUCCAUCAUCUAUCAAGGACUUGACGAAGCCACGUUCGAGAUCAUCGCUUCCGCCAAAACUUUCAAAGAAAUUUGGGAGAUGCUGCAGAAGACCUACAGAGGUGCUGACAAAGUAAAGAGGAUUCGCCUUCAAACUCUAUGAGGUGAAUUCGAGUCUUUACGAAUGAAAUCCUCAGAAUCUAUUUCUGAGUAUUAUGCUCGAAUUAUGGUGGUUUCAAAUCAAAUGAGGAGAAAUGGCGAAGCUC